CCGGCGAGAGCACCGCGUAUCGCGACUUUUCGCUCCGCGGCGAUCUUUUUCCGAACGAGUGCAAUAAUAUUCGAAUUUCGAACGUGUUCAUUUUGUUUUUUGUUUCCGGCCAGUAUUUGGCGUGUUGAAAUUGUUUUCGACGAUUUGUUUCGGUGCCUAAAGUUUUUUUGGACGCCUGCAUUUUACUUACGUACGAUUUGCAAAGACUUCUGCUGACUUUGCAAAAGUGAUCAGAUUGAGUUGGAGAUAUCAGGAAAACUAAGAUAUCGACUUUCCAGUAUUGAAGAGAUACAACAUGCACACCGCGUGAGAUGAGGUGAUGGGGCGGUAGCAGCAUGCGGCGAGCCCCCGCCGCCGCUCUGCUGCGGCUGCUGGUUGUUGCAGGUGGAAUACUCUUCGUGAACCCAUACUCGGACGAGCGGGUGGAUCUGAGCGAGGUAUGGGUGGAGGUGCCUUCGCCCCUAGUGGCUCUGGGGGGCGACGUCCACAUGCGGGUGCGCGGCGCCCCCGGCGGCGCCCUGAGGGUGCGCCUCGCCCGCGAGGACGACGAAGGGCGCGCCCUCCUCGCCACUAUGCCUCUGACCCUGGACUCGGACAGCCGCCUGACGAUCCCCUGCGGGUACUUCUCCAGGGGAGGCAUCUACUACAUCGAGAUAGUAGCAGACAAGGAGUACGUGUUUGAGGACAACUCCACGAUCGACGCGGUCAAGGUCAAGCGAGACGUGUCAGGAGUUAUCCUCGAAACGGGUGAAGGCAUCAUCAAGACGUGGAAGUUCGAUGUGCUCUGGCCGCCUGCGACGCUCGACGUGACUCCAGAACAGAUCCAGACGUAUCCGGAGCGGCAAGUGACGGCUAUUCUGGAGUUUCCGAAGGCCGUGUGUGCUCCGCUCAAGUCCAAUGCAGACUUCUGGCUGGAGCUGCUGUACUGCGGUCACUCGAGCGGCGGCGCGGUGCUGUGUGAUGGCAGGAACACCAGCUCUCAUGCGCAUGUGCUGUAUUCUGAACAGAUCCACGGUUUCCCCGGCCGCCGGACGAUGACGCUGCGCUGCGAGCUGUUCGGCCAGGCCGGCGACUACGCGCUCACGCUGCGCCCCGCCGCCGCCGCGAGGGACCUCGUCACUGCUUUUAUUAAGGCGGACUGGUCGGAGCAGUUCGUGUUGAACGUGCACGGGGGCUCGGUGUUCCCGUGCGGGGACGGCGUGCGGGCGCUCUUCCAGUACCCUGAGUGCGCGCUAGAUGGUGCUGACCGCGUGCGCGUGUUUGGCAGGGAUGCGGAUCGCCUGCGAUAUGUUGCUGAGCGGCGCGUGCGCAGGGGCCAGCACACGGCGAUGUUCGACUGCCGGCUGUUCAGCGAGCGCUACCCGGAGUAUUGCUUCGUGUACGUGUCCCAGGCCGUCACCGGCGCCGUCGCCGACGUCCGGAUGGACUGUCUGCCGACGCUGCCUCUGUCAGAGGGUGGCGCGGGCGGUUGGGGCGCUUGGUCUCCGUGGUCGGCGUGCCCGGCGCCGGCGCGGUGCUCCACGCGGACGCGCAGCAGACACCGCUUCUGUGACAGCCCGCCGCCCGCGUAUGGCGCUAAGUAUUGUGAGGGCGAAGCAGUAGAGCUGGCGGCGUGCGAGUGCACCGCGCGGCCGUGGGCGGGCGACGCGUCGACGGUGGUCGCCGAGGUCGGCGCCGCGUGCCGCUGCGGCUGCGUGCUGCAUCUCGCGCCGGUGGCGAGGCUGCUGGCGGGCUCGGCGAGGGCAUGCCCUGCGAGGUCGUUCUGGUUGCUGCAGGCGGAGGAGGGUCUUUCGGUGCGCGUGCGGUUCGAGGCGGUGCGGCUGCCGUGCGCGGGGCAGGGGCUGCGCGCGCGGGACGGCGACUCGCUCGCCGCGCCGCUGCUGGCCAGCUGGGACGGCCCCGACGACGUGGUGUCGAGCGAGACGGAGCUGCCAACAGACGGCGGCGUUAUAGAACUAGCCGGUGGUCGUCACAUCCUGGUGGAGCUGCGGUCCAGUGACACCAGCGAGCGCUGCGCUGGCGGCUUCCUCGCGCAUGCGACGCAAGUUGAGCCGUACCGCAAUGCCUCAGCCGCGUGGUCCACCACCGCUGCUCCAUGGUGGUCCGGCGGGGGUGGCGCGCGGGCGGCGGCGGGCGCCCUGGCAGCCCUUGCCGCGGCCGCAGCACUCGCCCUAGCAGCACACUCCGCGAGACGCACCCGAGCGUACCAGAGAGCGGCAGACAAGGAGUCUCUCACUGAUAGUGAUGCAUGUUCCGCCUCCCUGGAGCUGGGCACUGGUUCCCGCAGCACCCUUCUCUCGGAGGUGGUGGGAGGGGGGGUAUCGUUCAGCAGACUGCUGCCCGGCCGAGGGAGACACCAGCGACUCCGGGAUGACAGGAGUCAGGAGCACAGAGAAGAAGAUCAAGCAUCAGAUGGAGAGGCUGAAGCGGACAACGCCAGCGUGGUCAGUGGUGGCAGCGGUGGGAGCCACGCUAGUGGUGGCAGCGGUGGGAGCCACGCCAGUGGUGGCAGCGGUGCUAGUAACACCACGGUGACGCCUGAGAACGCGUCGUCCAGCAGCGCUCCAGCUUGUACCACGGCCAGUGUUAACCCAUCGCCCCUGAGACGAUCGAAGACAGUGUCGUCGCAUGUGCCGCAAAUUAUUUCUGCUCCCCAAACAACGAGCGAGAUCACCGACGUCAGCACCAGCAUCACCAGCGUGAGCGAGCGAGACAGCUGCAGCGAGAAGGACAAGGACAGCAUGUGGGAGAAGGAUAGAAGCGAUAGUCGGGCGUCUUCGUCUAUUUCCGCUGCUACUUUGACAAAUGGUUGGUAUUCCCCUGCACUAAGCGGUGUGUCAGCAGCCAGGAUACGAGACAACCCGAAGCACACCAAAGAGACUUGCAACAGAAAGCUACUGCGGUCUGACCUCAGCCUAACCUCACAUCCCGAGAUGGAGAUAGACUACUACGACUAUGAAGUUAAUAACGCAGGUUCUGUUCCCGGUUCUUAUUUAGGCAUGGACCCCGCCUUCCUCGUGUGGAUACCGCCGCUGGAGGAGGGGGAUAUCAUCAAGGAGAUGGAUGAGACCGCGCCUGUACAUGAAGAUCUCCCAAAAGAGCUACGACCGGAUCCGGGCAGCAAUACGGAGUCACCAGAGGAACACCCAGCAGCAACUCUAAAGAGAAACCCACAAGACAACAGAAACAGAUCCAAUGAAUCCAUAAAGUCCAUCCGGAAAGUCAUCGACAGAGGUAACAUCAUCCAUCCUCUCAAUUUCAGCAUCAGCGACCUUCAAAACUUCCCCAAAUUGUCCAAAAGAAAGAAAAAGAAAGAAGAUAUUCCUAUGAGUGAUCUCACUCUAACGAUGUCACCGGUUAAAGUGCACAGGAGAGAAAAGGACGAAACAUCAACGCUCAAACGGAUAAACGAUGCGAGGGAAAAGGACGACACGUUAAAACGCACUACCGACUUGAGUGAUAUAAAAUUUGCAGACGAGAACUCCGACUCGUCGGGUGAGAUAAAGUUUGCUGAUGACUCGCCCGAUAGUAAUAAAGUUAUAGACAGGUACGAGGUCAGAGCCUAAAUGAUAGAAGAUGAACUAUAAAAUAUUAUAAUACUGGCUGAAGCAUCGAGUAGAUUCCAUUUAUCAUAAUCUGUUUAAUAAUUAAGACCUUAUACCUUUUAAAGCAAAGAAAGAAACUAACGUGACGUUAAGAAAACAAUGUUCAAAGAGAUUUCAGUUUUACUGAACUUUUUAGAACCUAACAUAAUAUAUUUGAUAGUUAUAAACUUGAAUUUAUUGGAAAAACCUUGUAAAAAGUAGUUUUGGUGUACCCUUACAGAUAACUAAGAGACUAAACUCCUUCGUCCUUUCUGGAAUUGUAAUAGCUGUAUGACUGUAUGUGUAAUUAUUAUCGGAUCCUUAAAUGUAACGAACCUUGCCAUUCGUGUACUAGACAUAGAUAUUUAAUGGAUGUACAUAAUAUUAUACUUAUCUACUUAAUCUUUAACAGUAGCAACAAUAUUAAUACGAUCAAUGACAGCAUUUCAGCAAGUUUUAACGUUUAAUAAUGUUAAACUAGCUAGGUUUUUCGCUAGUUUGUGCUCAGUAAUCUUCACAUUAAAGAAAUGAUGUGUUGUAUGGCUAUGAAAAGAUAACGUUUUGUCCAUUACUUUUAACAAUUUCAAUUCUAAAAACAGAAAGAUCAUAGUAAAAAGCUUUUACAUAAUAUAAUAUAUUUUAGAUUAAAAAAUAGUCAAAUGUACAUAAUAUUUUAUUCUU